CGUCCUCUUUCCCGAGUAAAGUGCUUUGGAGCGGGAAAUAAGAUGCAGAGCCUCCUCAGAACUCAUCUUGGCCCUACCAGAUCUCCUCGUCCGCCAUUCUUCCCCACAGCCCAGAUGAAGAAAACAAGAACCUGCUUCGUUUCUUCCUUCGCUACUCCCACACGCCAGUGGCGAACAGCAGUUAAGCCACCGGUCGGCCACCAGCAGUUUGUUCCCUCACUGUUCCCCCUCACGUCCUCACCCCAACCCCUGCCGUCAUGUCUGGCUUUACAGCUGAUGACCUCGGCUUCUUACCCCUUCUUCUUGCUGCAUACACACAUCAAGCUGCUAGAAGCCCUUAUUCUAAGCCUGUCCUUUCCCUACCCAAACGUCAGUGGCUUCCGAAGUACAUUAUUAGCUGUACUCACCAUUCUGUGCAGUGGUCCUCCCGGACUUCUCCUCUAUGACUGCAGUUUGUGCCCUCUGACUCCUGUGCACAACCAACCACCUCCGGACUCAGCGCCUUCAACGCCUCCACCCUGUGGACCGACCUUCCAACACAUGGACCUGUGCUGGUACCCACACCACAGCGAUGGGUACAUCUUCUGCUUAAACAGAAGAAGCUUCCUUUUGAGAAGACAAUCCUGUCUGCUUUAUUUUAAUGUUUCAUGUCAAACUGCUUUUAAGGAGAAAAAAGCUACUGUCUAUCAAAUUUUAAACCUCCAAAUUCAUAGAACCCCUUGAAAUAUAUUAACAAAGCAUUGUCACAUAGCAGAUUUCUCAGAUUAGGUGUAAUUAACAUAUCAAUUAUUAUGUAAAUGAUGCCUCUGCCUUGCUAGAAAAAUAAAUUCUAGGACAAUUUAAUUCUUAAAU